CAGGAAACACAAGAAGAGGAACGUUUGAUGGAAGAAAAGAAAAAGAAAAAGCAGGAAGACAAGAAAAAGAAGGAAGGUGCUCAGAAAAAGGCUGCUGAUCAAAAAACCAAAGUGCCAGAACUUACUAAGACCUGUUCAAGCCAGCCCCAACCUGCCGGUACCAGUCCCAGUACUUCCACCAGCACUAUUUCUAGCGGCAGCAAUGGCAAACGUGCAUCUACCUGUGGCCAGCAGCCAGCUGCAUCCCGCUACCUGCCUCGGGAGGUGCCUCCACGCUUUCGCCAGCAAGAACAGAAGCAGCUGUUAAAGAGAGGCCAGCCAUUACCCACAGGGAGUCUGACUAGUGUGAGCCCAGCACAGGCUGCUGGGCCUGCAGGGGCCAGCCCUCCUCCACUCCCUGGAGCUGGGGCACAACAGCAUCCUAGCAAACUCCAGCCAGAUCUUGGUCACAGUGGAUUGGCAGAUCAUUAUGAAAAUUCCCACUGGGGACAGCAUCCCUCUUACAGAAGUGAAGCCAACUGCAGCUGGGAUAAAGUGAUAAUAGACAGAACUGACCCGGAGGUGUGGCCGUCCAUCCCAGUAACCGAGACUGACUCUGCCUCAGAAUGUCCUACCGACACUGACUCCGCCUCCAACUGUGGCUCAGAGAACAGGAGCAUGGCCACAGGGAGCACCCAGAGCAGCUUCCCAGGCCACCCGAAGAAGACGAAUGGCAGCCAUGGCACCAAUGGUGCACUCGUCCAAAGCCCUUCUAACCAGAGUGCCCUUGGGGCAGGAGGAGCCAAUGGGAACGGGGGCGUGGCCAGAGUGUGGGGUGUAGCCACAGGCUCCAGCUCUGGCCUGGCUCACUGCUCAGUUGGUGGUGGAGAUGGGAAAAUGGACAACAUGAUUGGAGAUGGGAGAAGUCAAAAUUGUUGGGGUGCUUCCAACUCCAAUGCGGGCAUUAACCUCAACCUUAAUCCUAAUGCCAACCCAGCUGCCUGGCCUGUACUUGGGCAUGAAGGAACUGUGGCAACAGGCAACCCUUCCAGUAUUUGCAGUCCAGUCAGUGCCAUAGGUCAGAAUAUGGGCAGCCAGAAUGGGAACCCAGUGGGCACCCUGGGUGCCUGGGGAAACUUGCUGCCCCAAGAGAGCACAGAACCACAGACAUCCACUUCUCAGAAUGUGUCUUUCAGCGUACAACCUCAGAACCUUAACACUGAUGGACCAAAUAACACUAACCCCAUGAACUCUUCACCAAACCCUAUCAAUGCAAUGCAGACAAAUGGACUGCCAAACUGGGGCAUGGCUGUUGGUAUGGGGGCCAUCAUCCCACCCCACCUGCCAGGCCUGCCUGGUGCUAACGGAUCGUCAGUCUCUCAAGGCGGUGGGGGCGGUGGGGAAGGAACGGGCAGUUCUGUGUGGGGACUGUCCCCUGGUAACCCUGCCACAGGAAGUACCAGUUGUGGGUUCAGUCAGGGGAAUGGAGACACUGUGAACUCAGCAUUAAGUGCUAAGCAGAAUGGAUCCAACAGUGCUGUGCAGAAGGAAGGGAAUGGAGGGACCGCCUGGGACUCAGGGCCUCCUGCAGGGCCUGGCAUCCUUGCCUGGGGCAGGGGCAGUGGCAACAAUGGCAUUGGUAAUAUCCAUUCAGGAGCUUGGGGCCACCCCAGCCGAAGUUCUUCUAAUGGUAUGAAUGGGGAGUGGGGGAAGCCCCCAAACCAGCAUUCCAGUAGUGACAUCAGUGGGAAAGGAUCAACAGGGUGGGACAGUGCCAGUGCUGCCAGCCAGACCCCUGCCCUGCAGCCUGGCAGUGAACACAUGAACUCAUGGGCCAAAGCCACAUCUUCUGGAACUACAGCAAGUGAAGGAAGCAGUGAUGGGUCCGGCAGUCACAAUGAAGGAAGCACUGGGAGGGAAGGGGCAGGAGAGGGCCGGAGGCGAGACAAAGGGGUUCUAGACCAAGGGCACAUCCAGUUGCCAAGGAACGAUCUUGACCCAAGAGUUCUGUCCAAUAGUGGUUGGGGACAGACUCCUGUAAAGCAAAACACUGCCUGGGAAUUUGAAGAGUCCCCUAGGUCUGAAAGGAAAAAUGACAAUGGGACAGAGGCCUGGGGUAGUGUAGCUACUCAGCCUUCAAACUCAGGGGGGAAGACUGAUGGGUCCAUCAUGAACAGUACAAAUACCUCUUCAGUAUCGGGGUGGGUCAGCUCGCCACCUGCCGCCGUGCCAGCAAACACAAGCUGGGGAGACAGCAACAACAAAGCGCCAAGUGGCCCAGGAGUUUGGGGGGACUCAAUAAGCUCUACUGCUGUUAACAAUGCUGCUGCCACCAAGAGUGGCCAUGCUUGGAGUGGGACUGUAAACCAAGAGGACAAAUCACCCACCUGGGGUGAACCUCAGAAACCCAAAUCCCAAAACUGGGGAGAUGGACAAAGAGCAAACCCAGCCUGGAGCACAGGAGCAGGAGACUGGGCAGACUCAUCAUCUGUCCUUGGACAUCUAGGGGAUGGAAAGAAAAAUGGAUCUGGAUGGGAUGCUGAUGGUAAUAGGUCAGGGUCUGGUUGGAAUGAUGCCACGAGAUGUGGGACCAGUGGCUGGGGCAGUGGCACAAAUGCUAAGGUGAAUCCAGGUACAAACUGGGGGGAGUCUCUCAAGCCUGGUCCCCAGCAGAACUGGGCUCACAAGCCCCAAGACAACAGUGUGAGCAACUGGGGAGGAGCUGCUUCUGUUAAGCAGACAGGGACAGGGUGGAUUGGGGGGCCACUGCCAGUCAAGCAGAAGGACAGCAGUGAGGCGACUGGCUGGGAGGAGCCUUCCCCACCCUCCAUCCGACGCAAAAUGGAAAUUGAUGAUGGUACCUCAGCUUGGGGGGACCCAAGCACCUACAACAAUAAAACUGUAAACAUGUGGGACAGAAACAAUCCAGUCAUCCAGAGCAGUACCACAGCCCCUGCCACCCCCACGACCCCCACCUCGAGCAGCACCACACACCGGGCCGAGACGCCGCCUUCACACCAGGCUGGCACUCAGCUGAAUCGGUCACCACUGCUCGGCCCAGUUUCAUCCGGCUGGGGAGAGAUGCCCAAUGUUCACUCCAAGGCCGAGAACUCCUGGGGAGAGCCAUCUUCCCCUUCUACCCUGGUUGACAAUGGCACAGCAGCGUGGGGGAAGCCUCCCAGCAGUGGCAGUGGAUGGGAUCAUCCUGCCGAGCCAGUGGUGCCAUUUGGAAGAGCCAGCGGUCCUGCUGCUGCCCCAGCCCUGUGCAAACCAGCUUCCAAAUCUAUGCAAGAAGGCUGGGGCAGUGGUGCGGACGAAAUGAACCUGGGUGCCAGCCAGUGGGAGGAUGAGGACGGGGACAUGUGGAACAAUGCUGCCUCCCAAGAAAGCAGCUCAUCCUGCAGCUCCUGGGGCAAUGCCUCAAAAAAAGGACUUCAGAAGGGCAUGAAGACGCCUGGCAAACAGGAUGAGGCCUGGAUCAUGAGCCGGCUGAUCAAACAACUCACAGACAUGGGCUUCCCGAGAGAGCCAGCUGAAGAGGCCUUGAAAAGCAACAGUAUGAACCUUGACCAGGCCAUGAGUGCUCUGCUGGAAAAGAAGGUGGACAUGGACAAACGUGGACUGGGAAUGACCGACUACAAUGGAAUGGUCACCAAACCCCUCAGCUGCCGCCCACCAAUCUCCAAAGAGUCUUCCAUGGACCGCCCCACCUUCCUUGACAAGGAUGGCGGCCUCGUGGAAGAGCCCACGACUUCACCGUUUUUGCCUUCCCCAAGCCUGAAGCUCCCCCUUUCCAACAGUGCACUCCCCAAUCAGGCCCUGGGUGGGAUUGCCUCAGGGCUGGGCAUGCAAAACUUGAACUCUUCUAGACAGAUCCCGAGUGGCAAUCUGGGUGUGUUUGGCAAUAGCGGAGCAGCACAAGCCAGGACCAUGCAGCCGCCGCCAGUGCAGCCUCUUAAUUCCUCCCAGCCCAGCCUCCGAGCUCAAGUGCCUCAGUUUCUAUCCCCUCAGGUUCAAGCACAGCUUUUGCAGUUUGCAGCAAAAAACAUUGGUCUCAGCCCUGCACUAUUAACCUCGCCAAUUAACCCUCAGCAUAUGACGAUGUUGAACCAGCUCUAUCAGCUGCAGCUGGCAUACCAACGUUUACAAAUCCAGCAGCAGAUGUUACAGGCCCAGCGGAAUGUUUCUGGACCCAUGAGGCAACAGGAGCAGCAAGUUGCGCGCACAAUCACUAAUCUGCAGCAGCAGAUCCAGCAGCACCAGCGCCAGCUGGCCCAGGCCCUGCUUGUAAAGCAGCCUCCACCUCCGCCACCCCCGCCGCACCUGUCUCUGCACCCCUCUGCAGGCAAAUCGGGCAUGGAUAGCUUCCCCCCUCACCCCCAGGCUCCUGGCCUUCCCGACCUGCAGACCAAAGAGCAGCAGUCUUCACCCAACACCUUUGCUCCUUAUCCUCUUGCUGGAUUGAACCCUAACAUGAAUGUCAGCAGCAUAGACAUGAGCAGUGGUUUGUCUGUGAAGGACCCAUCUCAGUCCCAGUCACGCCUGCCUCAGUGGACACAUCCCAACUCCAUGGGUAACUUGUCUAGUGCUGCUUCUCCCCUGGACCAGAAUCCUAGCAAGCAUGGUGCUAUCCCUGGAGGUCUAAGCAUUGGGCCUCCAGGUAAGUCCUCCAUUGAUGACUCUUACGGCCGGUACGAUUUAAUUCAGAACAGUGAGUCACCAGCCAGUCCUCCCGUAGCUGUUCCCCAUAGCUGGUCACGUGCCAAAUCUGACAGUGAUAAAAUCUCCAAUGGCUCCAGCAUCAGCUGGCCCCCAGAAUUCCAUCCUGGAGUUCCAUGGAAAGGACUUCAGAAUAUUGAUCCUGAGAAUGAUCCUGAUGUCACUCCUGGCAGUGUCCCUACAGGACCUACCAUCAACACCACCAUCCAGGAUGUCAACCGCUACCUCCUCAAGAGUGGAGGUAAGCUGUCCGAUAUUAAAUCAACAUGGUCCUCAGGCCCAGCCUCUCACACGCAAGCCUCUCUGUCUCAUGAGCUGUGGAAGGUACCCAGAAACACUACUGCACCCACCAGGCCGCCUCCAGGCUUAGCCAAUCCCAAGCCUUCCUCCACCUGGGGCACCAGCCCCCUUGGCUGGACCAGCUCCUACUCUUCUGGUUCUGCAUGGAGUACUGACACCUCAGGAAGAACAAGCAGCUGGCUCGUUCUGCGCAAUCUCACACCCCAGAUUGAUGGCUCUACACUGCGGACACUGUGUUUGCAGCAUGGACCUCUCGUCACAUUCCACCUGAACCUAACCCAAGGCAAUGCUGUGGUCCGCUACAGUUCCAAGGAAGAAGCCGCCAAGGCCCAGAAGUCUCUGCACAUGUGUGUCUUGGGAAACACCACCAUCUUGGCUGAGUUUGCUGGUGAAGAAGAAGUGAACCGGUUCCUGGCCCAAGGCCAAGCCCUCCCCCCAACCUCCAGCUGGCAGUCCAGCAGCGGGGGCAGCCAGCCCAGGCUGGGCACCUCGGGCAGCACCCACGGCCUAGUGCGCAGCGACACUGCCCACUGGAACACCCCGUGCCUGAGUGGCAAGGGCAGCAGUGAGCUGCUGUGGGGCGGGGUCCCCCAGUACUCGAGCAGCCUGUGGGGCCCGCCCAGUGCUGAUGACGCCAGAGUGAUCGGCAGCCCCACUCCUCUCAACACUCUGCUGCCUGGGGACCUGCUCAGCGGCGAGUCCAUCUAGGGGUCACGGUCACUGGGGAGAAGAGAGCUGACCAUGCCAGGCCUGGCUCUGAAGCUCCACCUGAUGGACAAGCUGCCCCUUCGAGUACCUCUGUCCAGUUCUGAAGAUGAACCUUGGCCUCAGCCCUUGCGAACUGUUGAAAACAGUGCGGGCUGAGUUUGCCUCUCAUGUGGACUAAUGCAAGAAGACCAUUACCAGAGUAUUGCACCACUUCCCACCUGGACUAUAAAGUUAAAGAGAAAAACAAACUGUUGUUGAACUGUGGCCAUAGAGACUUGUAGAGACUGGGUGCGGCGCACAUGCGCACAGAGCGCCCGAGCACGUGGACGUGGUUCUGACUGCUUUUGGAGGAGCUGUGUUUGUGCUCCCACCUGUUUACAGACGUUUUUUCUCCUUCAGACUUUAAAAUAAAAUUUAAAAAAAAAAUUAAAAACGUUAAAAGGAAUAAAAAAAAAGACUUCCAUCAUUAAAAAAAAAACAAAAAAACAAAAACAAGCAAACAAACAGAAACCUAUUUUCAGAUACAGAUGUGUUGCUUCAGAGCUCUGGGAUGGGACAGGCUGUUCCCUCCAGCCGGCGCGGACUCUGUUGACUGUCUUCACCCUCCUCAAGGUGACGAGGCCUCGUGGUCUCUGUCUUGCACACGCCAGCUCGCUCUCAGGAACGCCAGGGCUCCCGAGGGCGGCUCCACACCACUUCAUGUAUUUUUAAACCCAACUCCUAGCACUGAAGAUGUUAUUUAAAAAAAAAAAAAGAAAAAAGAAAGAAAGAAAAAAAACACACACACACAAAGAAGAAAAAUACCUAAUCUCUAAUGUGUAGCAGUUACAUAUUUACCAAAUAAUGGACUCAAAAGAAAUAGAUGUUUGAAGAGUGCUUUAUAUAUUAAAAAUUGCUUUAUGUUUUAAAGAUGAUCAAUGUUUUGAUUGUUUUACAAGGAAGAAAGACAAUGAAAUAACACACCCUCAAGUAUGUUUUAGAAAGAUAUAUGAACAUUGUACUCCCUGCCUGUGUGGUCGGGAAACUUGUGCAUUACAUUUUUUAAUUAGCUUUUUAAUGGUUUUAUCAAAACAAAAAGAAAGCAAGUCCUGCAAGAUUGCAGAAAAGCACUGUUUUCUAGAGGAUCAGGAACUAUGCACAACUGGGUUCAAAACUUGUUCGAGUUUUGUCAUGUAUCCCACGGAAUGGCCCUCCUCAGAGUGACUGCAUCUCAUCGCCAUACGUGCGUCCUAGAUAUUUGAUGUAUGUAUACCCAAGUAUGUAUAUCAAAUAUGUGCGUAUGCACACGCGUGUGCGUGUGUGUGCACUCCCAGACGCACGGCUUGCCAUGCUGCCAUUUAGCACUGAGUUGUAGAAAAACUCCUGUUUUAACACUGGGGAAGGAAGUAAAGGAUGUUUUCAGUUUUUGUGGGCUUCCCCCCCCCUUUUUUUUUUUCCUUUUUGAACCUUUUGAAUUUAAAAUGUCUCUGACUCUAAGAUUAAAAGAAAAAAGUUUGUGGCGCUUAAUGCCUUCCUCUUGGAAUGUGAUGGUUGGACGCACACCAGAGGUUGCUUUCAAAAAUACAGCGCUUUGUUGAGUCUUAAUAAACUGCGGAUUUUCUUGGCUAUUGA